AUGGAAACACCGAGCAUCACUAUUCAAAACAAUGAUAUUCAAGUGUCUUGGUUGCCGGCUAAUGACAAUGGGGCUCCCAUUGACGAAUAUAGUUUAGAAGGAUGUAGUCUCAAUCAAGCAGCAGGUUCAACGAAUUUGAAUGUAGCAUCGUGGACGGUAUACUACAAGGGCAAUGAAACAUUUUGUGUAGUCAAGGGAUUGGCCGAUAUUUCUAAUUAUUCGUUCAGAGUACGUGCAAGAAACGCAAACGGUUGGAGUGACUACAGUAAGGUGAGCGAACAAACGAAAGGGAUUUCAUCACCAUCAACAGAAAGUGGACGUCUUCUGAUUGCUAUAUCUACAUUGAUCGGUGUUUUUUUCGUAGCACUUGGUUGCUUUAUUUGCUGUUUUCGACGAAAGAAUUUUCAAGAGGAAAUGAAUUCAGAAGAUCUGUAUAUUGAAACUAACCUUGCCACAAAUUCGCAGCUACAAAUUUCUUUGCCGCAAAAUUCUUUACCACAAAUUUGCAGCGAUCAAAUAACGCGAACCAAUUUCAUUGGCAUCGGUACAUUUGGCGAAGUAUACGAAGGACUCUUGGGUAGCACUGAUUCCGAAACAAAAACAAGAGUGGCAAUUAAAACACUUCGUAAAGGUAUCACACAACAAGAGAAAAAUGAAUUCAUGAAAGAAGCUGAGCUGAUGAGCAACUUUAAGCAUAAACACAUUCUCAGCUUGAUCGGCGUCUGUUUUGAAAUUGAUACAUUUCAUAUAAUUAUGGAAUUAAUGCAAGGCGGUGAUUUGCUUAACUUUUUGCGACGAAAUCGACCGUGUGACGGAAUGACAUCGGCUUUAACCUUACUGGAUUUAACAACAAUGUGCGUGGACAUUGCAUCUGGUUGCAGAUACUUGCAGGAACUGCAUUUUGUGCAUCGAGACUUGGCAUGUCGUAAUUGCUUAGUGUCAUCGAUUGAUCCAGAUAAUCGCGUUGUCAAGAUCGGUGAUUUCGGAUUGGCUCGAGAUAUUUACCAAGAUGAUUAUUAUCGAGUGAAUGGUGAAAGGUCCCUGCCAAUACGAUGGAUGGCACCAGAGAGUUUAUUUAAUGAAGUUUUCACAACACAAUCAGACAUUUGGGCAUUUGGCGUGCUGUGCUGGGAAAUCAUGACUUUUGGUCAGCAACCAUAUCCAGGUCGUGAUAAUAUUGAAGUCAUGGAGUAUGUACAGAAUGGUGGCCGACUAAACAGACCAAUAAAUUGUCCAGACAAUUUAUAUCAAUUGAUGCUCACAUGUUGGGGUUAUCCGGAAGAGCGCCCAACGUUCCAGCACUGUUUAGAUGUUUUGCUCGGACAUGAGUAUUGGUAUAUUGAAUAA